GAGGCGGGCCCGGGGGACCCCAGCGGGCGGGGACCGGCCCGGGCGCCCGCUUCCCCAGCGCGUCGCGGCCACGCGGCCCGGCCGAGCCCAGAGACCACCCAUCCCCGGCCGGGCGCAGCCGCGAUGUCGGUGGCGGGCCUGAAGAAGCAGUUCCACAAAGCCAGCCAGCUCUUCAGCGAAAAAAUCAGUGGCAUCGAAGGAACGAAACUAGAUGACGAGUUUCUUGACAUGGAGAGGAAAAUAGAUGUCACCAAUAAAGCUGUCACAGAAAUUCUUUCCAAAGCCACGGAGUACCUCCAGCCAAAUCCAGCAUACAGAGCUAAGCUGGGGAUGCUGAACACUGUGUCCAAGAUCCGAGGACAGGUGAAGACCACCGGGUACCCGCAGACGGAGGGCUUGCUGGGCGACUGCAUGCUGAAGUACGGCCGGGAGCUCGGGGAGGGCUCCACCUUCGGCGGCGCGCUGAUAGAAGUCGGCGAGUCCAUGAAGCUCAUGGCGGAGGUGAAAGACGCCCUUGAUAUUAACGUAAAGCAAACAUUUAUCGACCCCCUGCAGUUACUACAAGACAAAGACUUAAAAGAGAUCGGGCACCACCUGAAAAAGCUGGAAGGCCGCCGCCUGGAUUACGAUUAUAAGAAGAAGCGAGUAGGUAAGAUACCAGACGAAGAAGUCAGACAAGCGGUAGAAAAAUUUGAAGAGUCGAAGGAGCUGGCUGAACGAAGCAUGUUUAAUUUUUUAGAAAACGAUGUAGAACAGGUCAGCCAGCUGGCUGUGUUCGUGGAGGCCGCCCUAGACUACCACAGGCAGUCCGCCGAGAUCCUGGAGGAGCUCCGGAGCAAGCUGCAGACUCGGAUAUCGGCUGCAUCCACGCUGCCCAAGCGGGAAUACAAGCCACGGCCCCUGAAACGGAGUCCUAGCGAGCUCAACGGGGUGCCCAGCGCCUCCACGGCAAAGUUGACAGGCUCCCACGCCCCCCCGGACCAGCCCUGCUGCCGCGGCCUCUAUGACUUUGAGCCGGAAAACCAAGGAGAAUUAGGAUUUAAAGAAGGGGACAUCAUUACACUAACGAACCAGAUAGACGAGAACUGGUAUGAAGGGACACUUCGCGGGGAGUCCGGGUUCUUCCCCAUAAAUUACGUGGACGUGAUUGUGCCUUUACCUCAGUGAACAUGUGACUCGGACGCCGGACAAGCUCUCCUCACUGAGAGGAAGUCCCCCCCCCCCGUGUGUCCCCCCCGCCCCAUGUGGCGGUCUGUGACAUCCUCUCGCUGUGACCGGCAUAACCAUUUUUGUAUGUGUGCCCCCUUUGUAAUGUAUUUUAUAUCGAUUCCAUUUGUAUAAAUGACCUUCUUGGCGUAGCUACCCGAAGACAGAGCUUUUCUUUCUUUGCUUGUUGCCCUAAAAGCCGUUGGUCCAACCGAGGACUGUGCUUUCUGUUGCUAGAAAUAAAUCGCUCCCGUGGCGGUUCACGUCGGUGAAUUGCCAGAUGCAAAAUUCAAGACGAAGAAAUGCCGGAGGCUCUCUUUCUUGACGUGACUGAUGGUGGCUGGUCCUCUCCCUGCGUCCUGUGUUUGCUGACCUUGAAUAGCCCAAUAAAUGCGACAGUGUGUUGGCAAACGGC